CCGUAAAAAGUAAUUAAGAUUGUUAAGAAGAUGUGCAAUAUAAUGCAUGAGUAUUCACGCCUUCUAAGUGAGCACAAUAAAUAAUUAUCUCUCUGCUGCAAUGUAGUUAAACUUAUGCUUGUGUCACUCAAGACUAAUCUGGAUAUAGAUUUUGAGGAAUAAAGUUUCAGCAAUGAUCAAUAUUGAUACCUAGUUGUGCAUAAGGGUUUUUGUAUCAAUUGCUCUGCAAUUUCCUGGAUUAUGGUCCUGUGUUGUCAACGAAGUCCAGCUCACCAGUAGGACAUCCAAUUGACUGUUUAAAGCGUAGACAUUCCCAAGAGAAAGGCUUGCUACGAAAAUGAGAGGAAGAAAGUACUAUUAUCGGUUAAUGUUCAUUUAGAAUAUACAGUCACAGAAUGGUAAAACACACCAGUACGUCGUUACUUCUCCUGAUAUUUCUAUAUUGGAGCACAAAACCUGGAGAUUUAGCAAUCCUAAACAAAGAAAACUCGUUAUUUUUCUGUGAUUUUGAUAACAGCACUUUGAAACUAGUCAUAAACAAUGGCUUCAUAGAGGAACAGGUUAUAAAAUGCUUAGAAACUUAUAACUAUGCAGAAACACUGGUGCUUAGUAAAAGUAGAUUGAAGACAAUUCCAAAGUAUUUAAGUAUUCUAAACAGACUAGUAAAUUUAGAUUUGUCACACAACGAAAUAGCUACGGUUUCAUUCACGGCGUCACAGCAGAUUUGCAAAAAAUUGAAAAAGCUUGUUCUGGAUAGCAACGAUAUUCAUGUAAUACGGCCGGGAGAUCUAGAUUGUUUACAAUCACUAGAGAGACUAUAUCUUGCCAACAACAACUUAGCAAUUAUUGAGAAUGGAACAUUUACUGACGGAUUAAAGGCGAUAGAUUACAUCAACCUUGUACAUAACAACCUGACAACCAUUGACACUAGUUUAUUUAGCAAAGUCCUACUUUCUGAUAAGUUGCGCAUGAGAGUAAAUGCGUCAUGGAACAGAAUAACUGGAUUCACAAACUCAGCUAAUAUCACAAUACAAGACGUUUCUCUGUUAACCUCGAUUGGCAUUGUUCUUACUCAUAAUAAUAUCACAACUGUUGACAUACCAUACUACUUCAAAAUGUUUAAUGUUACACACCCAUUUCCACAGCUGCUUCGAUUUGGAAACAGCGGUAUUGAUGUCCGUUUUAAUCCUUUUGUGUGUGAUUGUGCACUAUAUCCGCUGGCCUUAGCGCUAAGAAAGUUUUAUAAAAUGGAUCCAGAUAAUCCUGUAUUUUCAAUAACGUGUGGAACUCCUCUAAGUUUGGAGGGGAUGAUGGUUCGCAAGGUAGAGCCUAAGCAGUUCAACUGUUCCGUUACCCAGGACUGUCCUGAUGCCUGUAUAUGUACAAAAACCAUCGCUGUCGGUCUCAUUACCGUUGACUGCAGUGAUCAGUACAAAGCUAAUGAUCUCCCUAUUACAUGUCCAGUAGCAGAUACGAUUAACAUCAAUAUCAAAUCCGGUCACUUGAAAAGACUUUCCCCAAGAAAAUAUCUGCACAAUGUAACAGUGUUUGAUGUAUCACAAUGUGCAGUUGCCGAUAUUGAUCCUUCUAUCGUUGAAGUGCUGGAAGGCACCAGAAAAACAUUGAUAUACGUUAAUGACAAUAAUUUGGCAACUAUUCCAAAAUCAUUUCAAAAGUUUAGUUUUAGUGAAGGACAAGUUUUAACCAUCGAUGGAAAUCCUUUCAACUGCGACUGCCACACAUUAUGGAUGAAGAAAUGGCUACUGUCAAACAAAAAUCACAUCUAUCACCAAGAUAAAAUAAUAUGCGCAACUGGAACUGGAAAAGGUAGGCCGAUGGUUGAAGUUUCGGACAGCAAAUUUGUUUGUCAAACAAGUCUUACAUUCGUAUACAUACUUUGCAUUUCUGUUGGAUCGCUGGUUUUCAUUUUACUUUUUGCAGUCACAGCUCGCAACAUAAACAGCAUCCAAGUUUUUAUGAUAUCACAUUUUGAUAUUUGUAAAUACUGUUUUAGGAAGAGAACACAUCGACAUUUGCUUUAUGAUAUCUUUAUACCACAUUCUUGUGAAGACGACCACAUCAUUGAUACUAUUAGUAAUCGUUUGGAACGCCACAAUCCGCCAUAUAAAAUUUGCAUUGGUGAAAGAAACUUUGAACCAGGUAGAACAAUAUCCGAGAACAUUCUCGAUGCGAUAGAAUCUAGUCAUACGACAUUACUCAUUGUCUCAAACAACUUUCUUAGAAGUGCCUGGUGCAACAUGGAAUUUCGAGAGGCCCACAUGAGAUUCCUAAGGGAUAGGAAUAUAAACAUGGUGUUGAUUAUAUUAGAGGACUUGGAUGAAACUCUUCUUUACAGAGAACUAAGACUGUACUUAGACACACAUGUGUAUAUAAAAUACAGCGACACACAUUUUUGGGCAAAACUUUUGCAAUGUCUUCCCAAUAUGAUUCCAAGCAAUUCUGCUCUAGACGAAACAUCGCCGCUUAUUUCAAAUUAGUCUACUUUGUUUUAUCAAUUUUGUAUAAGACAUUAAGAAGAAGCAGAAAGAGUGGUAUCUCGACUGCUUAAAUACGAUUCACUUUCGUCAGUAUCGCCAAAACUGUAUAAACAUUAGCAUUAUAGACAUACAGACACUUACACGCAUAUACGUUUUUGCAUAAUUGUUUUCCCUGAAAACCAGAUAAACCUCUUCAUUUAGUUUAUAUUUAUAUCUUUUGAAAUGUGUACAUAUCUCAAAUUUUAAAAACUCUCUUGUAUGCAACUAUCUUUGAGAUAAUUCAUGUCGUUUGAAUGAUUGUAUUAUCUCUUGCAUAUACACAUAACUAUUAUUAACAUUUUCAUCUUUAAGGCAAACUAUCACAUUGAAAUUAGACAUCAGUUGUAACAAAAUGUUCUCUUUCCAUGAACAAAUGAUUUUAUUACCAUCAUCAUUUUAAAGACAGGUCGGUUCUAUCUGAUAAACACACGAUGUGUAUAUAUAUUUGACUUUUGUACAUUUCAACUUAAAGUUUUCUAAUUUCUAUUCCAGUAUUUAUUAUAAUUGAUCAGUUGUUUUAACAAUUGUUUGGCUUGCUAAAUUUAGUAAUGUUUUCUGGGUGAUGAUUUGUAGUAUAAUUUAAAUCUUGUUAUACAGUUUCGACUUUUUUGUAAUAAACACGAAAUAUAUGAAGCUCUUCAUCAAUAUAUGCAUGCUACCUAAAGUAAAACUGUAUGAGUUCAAUACUUUAUUGUAUUUUGUUAUUUUAAAUACAAAACUAAAUGUUUCUUUACAAACAUUGAGCAAAGCUGAUCAUUACAGUAGAUCAGCUGAGGUCAAGUUUAUCAUUUGCUUCCUCAUAACGAUUAAUAUUAAGUUCUCGUGUGCUUACUGCAUAAUUUCUCCUUUGUGACUAAAAUGAAUCAAUUAAAACCACUUGAUAUAAAACAAUAUACACUAUGAUAACAUCAGUGUCAUAUGAUUGUCAUUAUGAAUAUUGUAAACAAUUGUAUUUCCAAGGUUAAGAACAUGUUAUAUCACGCAGAUGUUAAAUUUAGCAUUUUUAGAUUGCCAUUGUUUGCUUUGUGAUACUAUUAAAAAAUUACUGUAAAUUUCAUUAAAUCUUUAAUGUUGUUUACUGAGGAGCCAGUUUCGUAUUUUAAUUUGCUUUAUGAAUAAAAGAGAUUAUUUUAAA